AAAAGCCCUCCCUCCCAGGCUUCUCCCUAUAUAUUUGCCUCUUCUUUCAUCACAUAAAUCACUUGUCACUCGCACCUCACACUUCCACAAUAUCUUUGCUCUUGCAGCUGAUCUAGAGAUCACCGUGUGAAUGGAAUCGAACCGAAAGCGUCGCGGAUUCAUCAAGUCGAAACUAGGGCUCCCGUUCUACAAGGCAGCGAAACCCAGCUCAUCCACAGUCCAGUACAGCACCAAGGCCACGCCAAACGGGCAGACAUCCAAACAGACCGUCACCGUCAGUUACGUGGUGCAGGAGUACAUAAUCACUCAGCCGAAGCCCAAGCUCUCCUUCGUGACCCCUGAGAAAGGCCGGGCGGAGCCAUUCGACGUAGCAUAUGGGGAUGAGGCGGUGGACCUGAAGGCUGCCAACUACAUAAGUUCGGUCCAAGAACGGUUCAAGCUCGAACGGAUCAACUCCGAGCGAAAGAACUGCCAAGAUAUUAGUCAGUAGGCAAAGAAUUUAUUUAAUGUAUGGCUUCCAAGAGGAAGAAUAAUGUUCAUUUGGAGUCUUAGUACGUAGACUUAGCAACAAGUGGUACUAUAUAUAGUCGUAGCCACCUAAGUUCGACCGAUUCUCAUCUUCAUUGUUGAUGGGCAGUGUGAAAUAGUACUAUGAACAAAGAUAUUCGAUGAUAAACGUUGUACGUGAUUACGAACCUCUUCUUCAGCUAAUUCAAAGGGCUUGAUUUAUAUA